CCUAUAUAUCUAGAAGGAUGCUCUCUGAACGAGAAAACCAACCAGUUAACAAAUGGAUCUCUCUUGCAGAUAAGACCCUGAAUGAGUGGUGGAAAGCCUGUCAAAUGAAAUAAGCAGCCAUGGAGAAGCCAGGGAACCAGAGUUGUAAACCCUUGACCACAUUUGUACAAACAGACUCAAAUACUUUCCGAGAGGUCGUACAACGCUUAACAGGCCCAUCAGAGAGUAAUGCAACACCAGAAGGAGCAACAAUGAAGGUUGUGGGUGCAAAGAGGCCAACGGCCAAACUCCAUGAGAGAAGGCAAUACUCUAGGCCCAAGCUUGAGAUAGUUAAACCCCCUUUCCAUUUUAAACCCGGUUCAUCAUCCGACCACAACCCAAGCGCCUCCCCCACCAAAACAGGUAACUCUAGUUUACUCCCAAGCCCUGUGACCCCUUCUACAAUUUUCUCAAAGCUCUCCAUUGAGGAAGAGGAAAAGAAGGUAGAUUCAAGCAUCGCUGAUUUGAAUAGCCAAGAAGAAGAGAAAGCCAUCAAAGAGAGGCGAUUUUAUUUGCAUCCAUCACCCCGGUCCAGGCCAGGGUACACUGAGCCAGAGUUGCUAACCUUGUUCCCUCUAACAUCUCCGAAAACAAGUGAAAAAUCAUCAUGAUUCUGCGAAUGCAAGUGCUCCUGUUAUAACUUGUUCUUGCCUAUUCCAAACUACAGUACACCACGUCACCAUAUAGAGAGAACUUCUUGGGGAAAGCUUAAUAAGUUUCUAAUCUCCUGUUAUGUUCAAUUUAUAUAUUGUCCUGUCGAAACUAAUUAUAUUGAACUCUUGCUUGAGUUUUUGUUUGCUUCAAGUAAAUUCAGUUUUUCACUGAGAAAGAGGACCUAAA